AUGAAGGAAUUCGAGAGGAUUUUACAUAUCCGUUCUUUGCUUUGGAUUGCUUUCACGGCUGGGAUUUUGCGCGUUUGCCAUGGCGAUUUGGCUUAUUCGGUACCAGAGGAAAUGAAGAAAGGGACACUGUUUGGGAAUAUAGCAAAGGACCUUGGUCUUACUGUCAAAGACCUUUCUGAUCGUAAGGCUCGGAUUGACAUGGAAAACGAGGACAAGCGUUUUUUCGAUCAUCAGGGAGGACAACUGACAAUAACCGACAGGAUAGACCGAGAGGAGCUUUGUGGGUCGACGCCAACAUGCACAUUGAACUACGAAUUAGUCUUGGAGAACCCUUUGGAUUUACAUCGUGUAACGCUGCGGAUUGAGGAUAUUAAUGACAAUCCACCUCGUUUUCCGAAGAACGAGAUGAAACUGGAAAUAGGAGAAUCUGCGUAUAAGGGCGCACGGUAUAGCUUGGAUGAGGCACAGGACGCCGACGUGGGGAGCAAUGGAAUUCAGUCUUAUGCUUUGGAGAAGAAUGAUUAUUUUACACUGUCUCUAAAAUCACGUCCAAAUGGACGAAAAUAUUGCGAAUUAGUUUUAGAUAAAGAGCUUGAUCGUGAGGUCCAAAAAGAAUUACUGUUGCUGCUUACUGCCAGCGAUGGAGGCUCUCCGCAAAGAUCUGCAACCGCAGUCAUACGCGUUAUUGUCCUUGAUGCAAAUGAUAAUCUCCCUGUAUUCAGUGAAGCCAUUUAUAAAGCCAGUAUACCUGAAAAUUCUCCUUUAGGCACCAUUGUUUUGACUGUUAGCGCCACAGAUGCAGACGAAGGAGCGAAUGGAGAGGUCUCUUAUGAAUUUAGUCACAUCUCUGAUAAAGCAGCCAGGCUGUUCUCUAUCGAUGAGCUGUCAGGAGAGAUCCAAGUAAUAGGCACCAUAGACUAUGAGGACAAAUCUAAAUAUGAAUUAUGGGUUAAAGCAAAAGAUGGUGCAGGUUCAGCAUCAGAUGCCAGAGUCGACAUAGAGAUCACUGAUGUGAAUGACAAUGCACCUGUCAUACAAAUCAAGUCACUUAAUGUGCCAAUUCCCGAAAAUGUAGCUCCAGGUACAGAGGUGGGAAUAAUUAACGUUCAGGAUAAAGAUACUGGAGGGAACAAACAUAUUCGUUGUUCCAUUCAACAGAAUGUCCCAUUUAAACUAAAUCCAUCUAUUAAAAAUUAUUACACUCUAGUUACGACAGCUGAAUUGGACCGGGAACUUCUAGCUGAAUACAAUAUUACAAUUACAGCUACUGAUGAGGGCUCACCCCCAUUAUCGUCAUCUAAAACUAUACACCUGUAUCUGUCAGAUGUGAAUGAUAAUCCCCCUGUGUUUGAGGAGCAGUCGUACAGUGCAUAUGUGUCUGAGAAUAACAAGCCUGGCUCCUCUGUGUGUUCUGUUAGUGCCAGAGACCCAGACUGGAGACAGAAUGGCACAGUCUUCUACUCUCUGUUGCCCAGUGAGGUCAAUGGUGUUGCGCUCUCCUCAUAUUUAUCCAUUAAUGGAGACACAGGGGUGAUCCAUGCUGUGAGGGCCUUUGACUAUGAGCAGUUCAGAAGCUUCAAAGUUCAGGUUGUAGCCAGAGACAAUGGUUCUCCUCCACUCAGCAGCAACGUGACUGUGAGUGUGUUCAUAACAGAUGAGAACGAUAACUCUCCUCAUAUAUUAUACCCUAUUCCAGAAGGAAACUCCUUCAUGACUGAGAUGGUUCCUAAAGCUGCUCUUUCUGGCUCGCUGCUGUCCAAAGUGAUUGCUGUUGAUGCUGACUCUGGACAGAACGCAUGGCUGUCAUAUCAGAUCGUCAAGUCGACUGAUCCGGGACUUUUCACUAUUGGUCUCCACAGUGGAGAGAUCAGGGCUCAGAGGGACAUUUCUGAAUCUGACAGCAUGAAGCAGAACCUUGUGAUCUCAGUGAAAGAUAACGGACAGCCCUCUCUCUCUACAACCUGUGCCGUAUACUUAGUCAUCUCAGAUAACUUGGCUGAAGUUCCUGAACUCAAAGACAUGUCUUAUGAGGAGAACAACUCUAAACUCACAUCUUAUCUGAUCAUUGCUUUGGUGUCUGUGUCCACAUUUUUCCUGACUUUCAUCAUUCUGAUCAUUGCUGUGAGGUUGUGUCACAGGAGGAAGCCCAGACUGUUGUUUGAUGGAGCAGUAGCCAUUCCCAGUGCAUAUUUACCUCCCAACUAUGCAGAUGUUGAUGGAACUGGAACUCUCCGUAGCACUUACAACUAUGAUGCCUACAUGACAACAGGCUCCCGCACAAGUGACUUCAAGUUUGUCACCUCUUACAAUGACAACACUCUGCCUUCUGCUACCACUCUGAAGAGGAGCCCAGGUGACAACAGUGAAUGCCUCAACUUCACUUCUCUCGACUUCACUGACACUGCAUCCAAGUGCUCCACUCUGCUGUGGUACUUUGACACUGUUAAAUGA